CAAGAUCUGACCCCCCCGUGAGCCUUCGCGGGUCUUAGGGCGUCUGUGGCGCGGCUCGAGGCUAGGGGCCAAGGUCCCCGUGCAGAGUCCUUACCCGCGGCGGCUCAGAGCAUAUGUGAGGCGCGGCGGGAGCCGGAGGAGGGAAGGGGCUGGAAAGUGCCUGCUGAGAUGUGGUGAACAGUCUAAGGGUGUUCACAUGGGAGCUCAGUGAGUCCCCUCGGUUAUGGAGUACAGUGUCGCCUGAAUCUUGCUUCUGGACAUCCACGGACAAGAAGACUGGUGACUUGUCGAUUCUCUGAUGCCCACCCCCAGCUCCUGGUUCCCUCUCUUGAGGCAGAAGAGCCAGGCUCAGAUGAUGGGACACUUUCGGAGAUGCUGCUUCUGACAGGUGCCGAGCAACAGGUACUACUCCUUUCUUCUUUCCACCCUCAGAUCCUCCCUCAUCUUCACCCAUCUUUGGAAGAAGAACCUUCAGAAAGAAGAUGGCUCCUGAGCAAUGGGAAGCGACAUCUCAGGUGUCGUUGACAUUUGAAGACGUGGCCGUGCUCUUUACCCGGGAUGAGUGGAAGAAGCUGGUUCCCUCUCAGAGAAGCCUGUACCGUGAGGUGAUGCUGGAGAACUACAGCAACCUGGCCUCGCUGGCAGGAUUCCCGUUUACCAAACCAAAAGUGAUCUCCCUGCUGCAGCAAGGAGAGGAUCCCUGGAAGGUGGAGGAAGAAGGCCCUGGAGGCUUCUCUCUCGGACUGAAGUGCAGUCAGAGAACCACUAAGUCAACUCAAACACAAGACUCUUCAUUUCGGGAACUGAUUAUGAGAAAAUCUAAAAGAAAAGAACCUUGGAACAUGAAGUCAGAAAAUCUUUCCAUACAUGAAGGCAAAUUAGAGGAAAAGUGGGAUGUGAAUGCCUCGACUAUAGAAAGAAGCUAUAAAAGCAAUGAACUGAGCCCAAAGUCACAUAGAGAAAAAAGGUCAUCAGAAUGUGAAAAGCAAAUAUCAUAUUUAUCUAAUCCAUUAGGAAUCACCCCAGAUAAACGCUAUAAAUGUAGUAUGUGUGAGAAAACUUUCAUUAACACCUCAUCUCUUCGUAAACAUGAGAAAAAUCAUAGUGGAGAGAAAUUAUUUAAAUGUAAAGAAUGUUCAAAAGCCUUUAGCCAAAGUUCAGCCCUUAUUCAACAUCAAAUAACUCAUACUGGAGAGAAGCCUUAUGUAUGUAAAGAAUGUGGCAAAGCCUUCACUCUCAGUACAUCCCUGUAUAAACAUCUAAGAACCCACACUGUAGAGAAAUCCUACAGAUGUAAGGAAUGUGGUAAAUCCUUUGGCCGAAGGUCAGGUCUUUUUAUACACCAGAAGGUCCAUGCUGGAGAAAACCCUUAUAAAUAUAACCCAGGGAGGAAGGCAUCUACUUCCCUUUCAGGAUGCCAGAGAAUUCAUUCCAGAAAGAAGACCUACUUGUGCAACGAAUGUGGCAACACCUUUAAGUCUAGCUCAUCCCUUCGUUAUCAUCAGAGGAUCCACACCGGAGAGAAACCUUUCAAGUGCAGUGAGUGUGGUAGGGCCUUCAGUCAGAGUGCAUCACUUAUUCAGCAUGAAAGAAUCCACACUGGAGAAAAGCCCUACAGAUGCAGUGAGUGUGGGAAAGGCUUCACUUCCAUCUCAAGACUCAAUAGACACCGAAUAAUUCAUACGGGAGAGAAGUUUUAUAAUUGCAAUGAGUGUGGCAAAGCCUUAAGUUCCCAUUCAACUCUUAUUAUUCACGAAAGAAUUCACACUGGAGAGAAACCGUGUAAAUGUAAAGUUUGUGGGAAAGCCUUCCGACAAAGUUCAGCUCUGAUCCAACAUCAGAGAAUGCACACUGGAGAAAGACCCUAUAAAUGCAAUGAGUGCGGCAAGACCUUCAGGUGUAACUCAUCCCUAAGUAACCAUCAGCGAACCCACACUGGAGAGAAGCCGUACCGAUGUCAGGAAUGCGGGAUGUCAUUUGGUCAAAGUUCAGCUCUUAUUCAGCACCGAAGGAUUCACACUGGUGAGAAACCCUUUAAAUGUAACACGUGCGGGAAAACCUUUAGGCAGAGCUCCUCACGGAUAGCACAUCAGCGAAUUCAUACUGGAGAGAAACCCUAUGAAUGUAACACAUGUGGGAAACUUUUCAACCAUAGGUCAUCCCUCACCAACCAUUAUAAAAUUCACGUGGAUGAGGACCCUUAAAAAUACAUUUGCAGGUGUAAAAGCCUUAAACCAAAGCUCUUCAGAGAAUAUCUUGAGAGAUGUAAUAAACAUAAUAUGGGGGGUCUCUAUAAUCAUUUAGUUACUGUCAACUAAAUUCCAUGGAUAAGUUUUAUGUAACAGGUAGGAACAAAAUGGUCAUGCCUGUCUAACACUUUUAAAAAUUACUUGAGAUCCAGGGGUUCAUACAUGUAGCUACUGGGACCCAGAGACAUGAGGAUUGCUUGACUCCAUGAGUUUGAAGCAGCCUCAGCAAACCUAGGGAGGUUUCCAUCUCAAAAGAUCAGUGACCUGAAAUGGAGAGUUCACAGUUGAAGACCUUGACUUCAGGUAUUUGUAAAAUGGUGCUUUUCUCUCUGCAGCAGUGUGUGCUAGAAACAGUUGUAAUUAUAGGCAUCUAAGUGCACAGAGGAGUGCGCUGGACUUCUCAGUAGCAAAACACUAAACUCUACUGUGGUGAUAUUUUUAUACCACUUUAAUAACAUUCAAAAGGGAUCAACUCAUUUUUAAGAAAAAAGAGCCAAAAUAAAAGAUUAAAAUGAGCUGUAAUCUACCUCUUAAGUCUCUGGAACAUCUCCUUUUCUUGACCGGAUUUCAAAUGUGUGUGGAUAUUAUUAUAAAUGAAAAAUAAAAAGCUCAUCUCCUGGUAUUGUGAAUUGGAGAUAGUCCACCUAGUUAUUAAUUCUGUUCCCAGAGGUUUUUGUUGUUGCUGUUGUUUUGAUUGCUUCAAAGUCAUGUGCUACUAAAUUCUACCUUUGACCCAUGUGCUGUCGUCGAGGUUGUGUGUUAAGUACGGGAACAGCAACUAAGGAGUAGCUCAGUGGUUAGGAGUUUCUGCAGUUUCAAGUGACCCAGCCUCAGGUUCCAGCACCCAUGUCAGGUGGCUCACAAAUGCCCCUACCUGCAGGCAGAUCUGAUGUCUCUAGUCCUCACAGGCAAUUGCACACAUUGCAUAUUCAUGUGUGUGUGUGUGUACACAGUUUAAAUCUUUCUAAAAGUGAGAAAUAAACUCAAAGUUACUAAGAACAUAUAAGUUUUAACCACACACGCAAAACCCUUAUCAGAAGACAUGGCAAAUCUAACACCUGUAGGAAAAUGCUGAAGAUCUUGCUAUUAUUUAGAGCUGCGUGUGUGCCCCCCAAAUUUAUGGGUUGAAAUGCUAGACUCUGGGGUGAUGAAAAGAUUACUAGGCCAUGUGAAUUAGCUCCUCUUUAAUGGAGUUAGUGUUGUGGUGAAAUAGUAAACUCUUUUUCAGCUGUCUCUCAAAUAGCAUAAGAAGAUACCUUUGAAAGGUAUGUUUUCGCCAGACAGCAAAAUAUCACCCCUUAAAAGUUGUAUUUACCAAUAUGAAUAUCUUUAUUAACAUCACUGGAUUUAGUAUCACCUAGAGGACACACCUCUGGUUAUGUCUUCGAGGGUGUUGCUAGAGAGGUCUACCUGUGGGGCAAAGAACCAUCCUAUAUGUGCAUGGAAUCAUUCCACGGACGAGUCCUGGACUGAAAAAAAAAAAGCCAGCUAAAUACAAGAAUUUUUCUGUUUUCAGCUCCAUUAAAACUUGAGGCAUCAGCCUAAUGCUUGUACAACCACAAGCUCCUCCUACUCUUGCUCUCCUAAUGUGAUCAGACCUGUGCUAAUUGUAACUGUAGUGACAUUGUAUGUAUGUAUGUAUGUAUGUAUGUGGGUAUAUGUGUGCAGAUAUAUACAUAUAUAUGCUAUAUGUAUGUUUGAGACAGGGUUUCUCUGUGUGUAGCCCUGACUGUUCAGGAAUUCACUCUGUAGACCAGGCUGGCCUCAGAGAUCUGCCUGCCUCUGCCUUCUGAGUGCUGGAAUUAAAGGCAUGGGCUACCACUGCCUGGCCUAUAUUUGUAAUUUUCAGUUAAAAAUUAAAUUCUUCAUUUGCAGUAGCCACAGAUCCUCCGUUGAAAAAAGUUGUGUUGCCUUUUGCUGAUCCAGACCCAGAAAUUAUUUGGUGUGACAAUUUUCUGCAAAAUGCUCUGUAGGGACAUGGGAAGACAGCCAUCUCACACCAGGUAGCACAUCACAUUGCUGGUAACUACACAGCACCUGGAAAUAAAAUGUCAAAUCAAAUGAGAUGA